UGUGCCCGCUAAUGCUUCGAAAAAGAAACAUCUCUUAAAAGGAAAAAGUACAGCGAAGGUCCCUAAACUUGUCGUCAAGUUACAAAAUCAUCCAUCAACCGCAAAAUCAGAUAUCGACCGUCCCUUAACUAAUCAAAACUGGUCAUAAUAGCUCCUUCGAUAGUGUUGACCCCGGUUUUAUCCUACGUAGCGGCUGAGUCAACGUAGGACCCAUGUGGACCCCACAUGUCAGGAUGCCACGCCAUCUCUUUCCCUUCCUCCUCAUACUCUCUCUCUUCUCUUCUUCUUUCUCCUCUUCUCUGGGCAAACUGUUCGGCGGCUGGGGAGGAGGCCGCCGGGGCGACGCGGCAAAGGAGGAGAGCGGCGCUGCGACGGCUGCCGGCGGCGGCCGCAGUGGGGAGGCGGCCGUUCCAUGGAGGCCACAUCCCGCGCCAGCAACACCAACAACCACCCGGCAGCGACGGCGAAUGAGGGGAUGCUCUCCUCCUCAUCGGCGUCGACGACGCGGCUGUCCACGGGGAGACAGCCGUUGCUCGCCCCCGGCCGCCGCCAGCUUCUCCUCCGCCUCCCGCGCCGAGACGGCGACAGCCGCAGCGCACGCAUCAGGCGGUCGCGGCCAUCACCAUCCCGAGACGAGUAUGCAGCAACAAACCAGCCGUCCAGAUCAACCCCAACUCAACCUGGCGAGCAGAACACGAUCGAGAGAAAAGGACAAACUUGUGUGCAUAUGUACUAUGUUUACCAUGUCAACAUUCACAGAUAAUUCCAUGAAGCAAUUCUAUAUAAAUCCUGCCAUUUUGAGCAAAA